UGUUUCGACGUUCGAGGUAACCAACCGCAGAGGAAAACAUGAGGGAGACCAUAGUCCUCUAUCCGUCGCCAUUGAGGGGUCACAUUGUCUCCAUGCUCGAGCUCGGACGGCUCAUUCACAAGCAUCACCCUCGCUUCUCCGUCCUUAUCAUCCUCUCCUCUGCCUCGACCGCUGUCCCCGUCGCCUACGACUCCUCUUCCGUCACCGUCCUCCGCCUUCCGUCCGCCGCCGUCGACGCCGACGCCGAUGCCGCCGCCGAGCAUGACCAAACGCCCUUUGAUCUCGCCCGCCGCGACGCCUCCAACCUCCGCCUUGCCCUCGCCGACAUCGCCGCCACUGCAGACCUCCGAGCCCUCGUCAUCGACGUCUUCUCGGAUGCCGCCUUCCCUGUGGCGGCCGCCCUCGGCGUCCCGACCUACUACUUCUUCACCUCGGGUGCCGUUGCCCUCUCCCUCUUUCUCCAUUUUCCGACCCUCCAUGGGAGCCCCACCAAGAGCUUCAAGGACCUUGGAGACGAGACCGUGAACAUUCCUGGGUUGCCUCCAAUCAAGGCCUUGGACCUUCCAGGCAGCAUGCUCGACCGAGGCUGGAGAAUCUACGGCUACUUCUUGGAUGCUUGCAGGAACAUGAUCUCGUCAUCCGGCAUCAUUGUGAACACGUCUGAGUCACUUGAGACUCGGAUCCUCAGUGCCAUCAGAGAAGGAUCGUGCGUGCCGGAUGGGCCGACUCCGCCUAUUUUUGCCGUCGGACCUUUGGUUGAGUCAAAGGGGGACGGCGACGAGGACAGCGGUGACGAGAGAGAAAGAAAGCACGAGUGCUUGAGUUGGCUCGACUCGCAACCGAGCCGAAGCGUUGUGUUCUUGUGUUUCGGCAGCCGGGGAAGGUUCUCCGCCGUGCAGCUGAAGGAGAUGGCCUUAGGUUUGGAGAGGAGCGGGGCGAGAUUCUUGUGGGUCGUGCGGCCUCCGCCGCAGGAUGUGUCCGCAAAAUCAACAUCGGGGUCAAAUGACGACGACGCGAGCUUAGAGAGGUACUUGCCGGAGGGAUUUUUGGAGAGGACAAGAGAGAGGGGGAUGGUGGUGAAGUCAUGGGCACCGCAGAUACAGGUGCUGAAUCACGGCUCGGUGGGCGGGUUCGUCACUCAUUGCGGCUGGAACUCGACCAUCGAAGCGGUGCACGCUGGGGUGCCGAUGGUGGCCUGGCCUCUCUACGCGGAGCAGAAGGUGAACAGGGCGUUUCUCGUGGGGGAGGCCGCCCUGGCGCUCCCUCUGAGCAUGUCGGAUGAGGACGGGUUCGUGAGUGCGGACGAGUUAGCCAAGCGGGUCACCGACUUGAUGAUGGGCUCUGGACAAGGAAAAGUGGUCAGAGAGCGGGUCUUGGCCGCGAGAGACGGCGUGCUGGAGGCCUUGAGCGACGGCGGAUCCUCUCAGGUUUCAUUGGGCGCGGUGGCAGCACUAUGGAAACGAGGCUGAAAAACAAGUCCACUCACUGUC